AUGGCUUAAGUAUUUAAUUCAAAGGUCAGCAUUAUCACCAAAUCGGAAAUCAGAUAUGAAGGUACUAUUUAUUAAAUUAAUCCUCAAUAACAAACUAUUGCAUUGAAAGAUGUACGUUCAUUUGGAACGGAGGGAAGAAGACCUGAUCAUGAAAUACCCCCCAAUUAAUAAAGUUACGAUAUUUUGGUGUUCAAGGCAGCUGAAAUUAAAGGCUUCAAGACUUUGGAAGAGAACAAGCCUGAGGAUAUUAAAUUAGAAAAUGUCAAAUAAGAAAACCAAUCCCAAUAAGCAUAGCAUUUCCAACCACCUUAAAAUAUAGAAUAAAUAGAGCAGUAGCAAGAAUAAAAAGGGUAAUUUCAAAAUAAUUUCUCAUAAAAUCAAUAAAUAAAAUCUAAUGGAACAAAUCCCAGAGCUUUUAAUUUUGAAGAAAUGCUUCAAAAAGCGAAUGAAAUUGAGAAGAUUAAAAAGUAAGAGGUGAAACCUAAGUAUAAUCCUACUUCAUUUUUCGAUUCUCUUUCAACCAGUACUCAAAAAUAAGAGAGAUAAACUCAAUAAAGAAAUCAAAAUUAGAUUGACACUGAUACUUUUGGUAAUUUUUAUAAAUAAAGAUAACAUAAUAACAAUAAUAAUAACAAUGGAUAAAGGAGAAAUAACAACAACAAUAAUAAUAACAAUAAUUAUGAUAAAAAUAAUAAUAAAAAUUAUAGAAGGAAUAAUAAUGAUUAAUAAAGAGUUGUUUAUGUAGAAAAACAAUCUUUAGAAUAAUAUUAGUAAUAAUCAUAAUAACCACAAUAAUAAUAGCAAUGA